AUGGAGGAGGGACCGGAGCCUCAGAAGCCGAAAUUUAACAUAGAGGAGGCAAAGUGGGCUCUUCUACCUGAAAGUGAUGAUGAAGCCAAGGAUUGGCUAGCGGAAGUGGAUGGGCUUCUCUAUCAGAUGAUAGCGAAGAAAGCUCUGAAGUGCCGGUGGUACCAGUGGAAACAAAUGGCAUUGAGGAGCCGGAGGGAGAUCGUCUUAACGAUCAGAGUCCCGAUUCCAGCUACGCAUAUAACAUUGGCUGCGGUGAUGCCGGAACCAUUUCACCUAAGACCUAAGAGACCUUCCAGAACUCAGACGAGAGUUAGAAGUACUGCAGACGAAGCCAUAUACGGUGGUUCGAGCGGGAAGAAAAAUAUUUUCUUCAGCAUCG